ACAUGAGAAAUGUGGCUGGACAGGAGCACCGCACUGCCCCUUUAAACCACAGCUCUCCUCCCCGUCUCUCCCACCGUGUUGCUCUCUUCUUCUUCCCCAUUUCGCUGCUUUGUUUUCAUUGUCGCUCUUUGAUCAUGGCUGCUCAUUCUACCGAAGAACCUUUCCCCUUUCAGGGGCUGCUCCCCAAAAAAGAAACCGGCGCCACGUCUUUUCUCACCAGGUUCCCCGAGUACGAUGGUCGAGGGGUGGUCAUCGCUAUCCUGGACACCGGCGUGGAUCCCGGGGCCCCCGGCAUGCAGAUCACAACCGAGGGGAAGCCAAAGAUCGUCGACAUCAUCGACACGACAGGUAGCGGUGACGUGAACAUGACCACAGUGGCGGAACCUAAAGAUGGGACGAUCGCCGGCCUCUCUGGCAGAACACUUAAGAUCCCUCCUGCCUGGGUCAAUCCAUCAGGGAAGUAUCGCAUUGGAGUUAAAAAUGGCUAUGAGUUCUUCCCCAAGGCUCUUAAAGAAAGAAUACAGAAAGAGCGAAAGGAAAAGGUGUGGGACCCACCACACAGAGCAGCACUCGCUGAGGUCUCUCGCCGGACAGAAGAAUUUGACCUCUCACACCCAACACCCUCACAGAUAGAGAAGUUGCAGAAGGAAGAGCUGCAGAGUCAGUCAGAGCUGCUAGCAUCUCUAGAAAAGAAGUACAGUGAUCCCGGUCCUGUAUAUGACUGUGUGCUUUGGCACGACGGCGUCACAUGGAAGGCUGUAAUUGACACUUCUGAGUGUGGAGAGCUGUCCCAGUGCACUGUGCUGAGCUCCUACAGAGAAUCACAAGAGUAUGCCACGUUAGGAAAUGCCGAGAUGCUGAACUACUCUGUUAAUAUUUAUGAUGAGGGAAACACACUCUGCAUCGUCACCAGUGGAGGGGCUCAUGGGACACACGUGGCAAGCAUUGCAGCAGGUUACUUCCCAGAGGAACCGGAGCGCAAUGGUGUUGCCCCUGGUGCCCAAAUCCUGGCCCUGAAAAUUGGAGACACCCGCCUCAGCACCAUGGAAACGGGCACAGGGCUCAUCCGCGCGAUGAUUGAAGUAAUCAACUACAAGUGUGACCUAGUUAACUACAGCUACGGGGAAGCCACCCACUGGCCCAAUUCAGGGAGGAUUUGUGAGGUGAUCACAGAGGCGGUGCAGAAGCACAAUGUGAUAUUUGUUUCAAGCGCAGGAAACAACGGCCCUUGCCUCUCCACAGUCGGCUGCCCUGGAGGAACCACCAGCAGUGUCAUAGGUGUUGGAGCCUAUGUGACCCCAGACAUGAUGGUGGCUGAGUAUUCCCUGAGGGAGAAGCUGCCUCCCAACCAGUACACCUGGUCGUCCAGGGGCCCCAGUACAGAUGGGGCUCUGGGGGUCAGCAUCAGUGCCCCCGGUGGUGCCAUUGCAUCUGUACCCAACUGGACUCUCCGUGGUACCCAGCUGAUGAAUGGCACAUCCAUGUCAUCUCCAAAUGCCUGCGGAGGCAUCGCGCUAAUCCUUUCAGGACUGAAACAGACUGGGAUACGUCCCUCUGUUCCUGCGGUGAGGAGAGCGCUAGAAAACACAGCUCUGAAGGUUGAGGACAUCGAGGUAUUUGCACAGGGCCAUGGAAUAAUCCAGGUGGACAAGGCAUUAGACUACCUCACUCAACACGCUUCUCUACCCACAAGCCACCUCGGCUUCUCAGUAACUGUGGGAACGCAGAGAGGCAUCUACCUCAGGGACCCAGCCCAAGUUCUUUCUCCCUCAGAUCACGGAGUAGGAAUCGAACCCAUCUUCCCAGAAAACACCGGAAACUCUGAGAGAAUCUCCUUACAGCUACACUUGGCCCUCACAUGUAGUUCCCCAUGGGUCCAGUGCCCCUCCCAUUUAGAGCUGAUGAACCAGUGUCGUCACGUCAAUGUCCGCAUUGAUCCGAUGGGACUGAGAGAGGGAGUGCACUACACAGAGGUGUGCGGAUACGAUACAGCAGCACCUGGCAGUGGCCCCCUGUUCAGAGUUCCCAUCACAGUUAUUAUCCCAGCCAAAGUGACAGAUAGUCGUAAUCAGGAGGUGUGUUUCACAGACGUCCACUUCAGACCGGGGCAGAUCAAACGCCACUUCAUCACUGUUCCUCAGGGAGCCUCCUGGGCAGAGAUCACACUGACUUCUCAAUCGGGAGAUGUGUCGUCAAAGUUUGUUCUCCAUGCGGUGCACCUGGUCAAACAGAGAGCGUACAGAGCUAAUGAAUUCUAUAAGUUCUCUUCACUUUUGGAAAGAGGCUCACUCACCGAAGCGUUCCCUGUGCUGUCAGGUAGAAUAGUUGAGUUCUGCAUCGCGCGCUGGUGGGCGAGUCUGGGUGACGUCACGGUGGAUUACAGCAUCUCGUUCCACGGACUCAACACUUCUCCUUCACCCCUGCACAUUCAUGCCUCAGAAGGAGUGACGAGUUUCGAUGUGUCAUCGCCUCUGAGAUACGAGGAGGUGUCCCCCGCUAUCACCCUCAAGUCGUGGGUUCAGCCACUCCGGCCCUUAAGUUCUAAAAUAAAAGCCUUGGGAAUGAGGGAUGUUCUCCCCAACAACAGACAACUCUACGAGAUUGUUCUCACCUACAGCUUUCAUCAGCCUAAGAGUGGAGAGGUUACUCCUAGCUGUCCCUUGCUGUGUGAGCUGCUGUACGAGUCUGAGUUUGACAGUCAGCUCUGGAUGCUGUUUGAUCAGAACAAGAGACUACUGGGCGCAGGGGACGCCUACCCACACCAGUAUUCUCUUAAACUGGAAAAGGGUGACUACACCUUGCGUCUGCAAGUGCGCCACGAGCAGUCCAGCGAGCUGGAGCGCCUCAAGGACCUGCCGUUCGUGGUUUCCCAUCGUCUGUCCACCACCCUCAGUCUAGAUGUCUACGAGACGCACCGUGCAGCCCUCCUGGCCAAGAAGAAGGCGAACUCUGUCACUUUGUCCCCAGGUGCCACGCAUCACUUCUACGUCUCAGCCCUGCCAGAUGACAAAAUCCCAAAAGGGACGAGUCCAGGAUGCUAUCUUUCUGGGUCUAUCGUUGUUCCCAAGAGCGAGUAUGGCAAGAAAGCAGGGCAGGCCUCUGCAAAACGACAAGGAAAGUUUAAAAAGGACAUCGUUCCAGUCAUCUACCACUUAAUUCCCGCACCCAACAAAACAAAGAAUGGAGGGAAGGAGAAGGAGAAGGACAAAGACGGAGACAAAGAGAAAGAUGUGAAGGAGGAGUUUGCAGAAGCCAUGAGAGACUUAAAGAUUCAGUGGAUGACAAAGCUGGACACCAAUUCACUUUAUGAUGAACUUAAGGAAAACUAUUCAGAUUACUUACCCCUGCAUGUGCAAAGACUGCACCAGCUGGACUCUGAAAAGGAGCGUGUAAAACGUCUGAGGGAGGUGGUAUCAGCAGCCGACAUCGUCAUCUCCCACAUCGACCAGACGGCCUUGGCUGUUUACUUUACCAUGAAGACAGACCCUCGACCGGAUGCUGCUUCUAUCAAGACCGACAUGGAGAAGCAGAAGUCGUCUCUGCUGGACGCUCUAUGUAGGAAGGGCUGCGCUCUGGCUGACCAGCUCCUGCUGCCCCUCACGCCUCAGGACGGCACUGGCGCUGUCGCCACGGGACAAGCUGCAGCAGAGGAUGUUGGUGAACAGGUGGCCAGCAGCUCUGAUGACAGCCUGCAUGACGUGGCUAAAGCCCUGACAGACACAUUUUGGGAGGUGCAGAAGUGGGCGGAGCUGACCGACUCCAAGGUGUUGAUGUUUUCAUACAAACAUGCUCUGGUGAACAAGAUGUACGGCCGAGCCUUAAAAUACGCCUCAAAGAUGGUGGAGGAGAAGCCCAGCAAAGAGAACAUGAAGAAUUGCAUCCAGCUCAUGCGACACCUCAGAUGGACGCACUGCGCCACCUUCAGUGAGAACUGGCUCCCUGUCAUGUACCCUGCAGACUACACACCAUUCUAGACACACACACACACACACCACACACACUCAUGCACGAGCAGCAUGGCCAUACAUACAUGAUCCAUUACACAGUAACUCCAAUAUCACGCCCCUCAGGGUCACAUGGUCUAUGCAUCUGACCAACCAGCUGCUUCCUGAGAAUAUUUUCUUUCUUUUUAAAUUCAGUUGUAGGUGAACGCCAAAAUGAGGGACAACACUGAGUGUAAAUGGUUUGAUGAAUUAUAAGGCUGGUCAUUGGAAUGCCACCAACAGCAAAAGCUCAGCUUAACUUUUUUUAAAUUUAUAGUAAAAACUCUUGAUACUGUCACUCAGUCUUAUCUUAGUUGGGUGUUUUUUCUUUAUUUUGGUGUCAUCUACACAUUUAGGAGUCUUUUUACAUCAACCCAUUCGCAGCUGUCUAAACUCCAUAUCAUAUAAGUAACCUCGUUCUCUCGUGUAUAUACUGUACAAGGGCCAGUAUGGACACCACGGAUGCAUCACAAGUCUUUUAAAAAAAAAUAACUGUGACUCCAUCUAGUCACCUUCAACACACAGAAAAACUCAAACUGGCCAUUAUGAUACUUCAGUGAGAAGAAAGGAGGACUCGCUGCUGCACGAUGUUCGGACAUACGAGGGCACGCAGAGUCUGCCUGAUUCCUGAACUAAAAGGGAGGCUUGGGUAGAACUUAAAGAUAUUUUUUUGUUUGUUUGUUUUCUGAUCGGUUGUUUCAGUCAGGCCGUGCUGUAAAGUUUAAUGUUUAGUCUCGUCUGUCUUUUUAGGCUCCGACACACAACUCGAGUACACAAUCUCAGAACACAAAAACAGUUGAGGUGCCUUUCUACAUGUACCUUACCAUUUCUGACAGGAAGAAGAAGAAGAAGAAGAAGAAAAAGCGGUGUGACGGUUUUGACCACCGGAAGCUGCAGAAUCAGUAGCGCUUUUUUAACAUCAGUCAACACCCAGCCGCUUGCAGUCAUUUCACCCAUCAGCCUUUGGUGUCAAAUGUGGGUUUAAAAGCUCGUAUCAGCAGUAUGAUGUGUCUGUGCACUGUAUGCAGGCCGUCAGUGACUUGUCAGGUAAAGGAAAAGCCACAACCACACUUUCUCAACUUCCACCUGCCUCUAGAGGUGUUGCCACCCGCUCCAUACAGCUGAGUGACCCAAGCCGCACAUUUGACGACCAUCCGACAGACCUCACUAACACAACAGAUGCAGCUGCGUUCAGUUGUGAGCAGCAGUAGGAUGUUUCUAUGUAAAAUGUUCACACAGUAUUAGAGACGUUGCUCUGCAGCAUUCAAAAUGUUGCACUUGUACACAGUGUCAUAAAAUAAUGUACAUACACACAUAACAUAAAAAAAUAUUAAAAUGCAAUAGGUAUAUAAUACAAAUAUUAUUCUAAUUGAUGUAUUUUGCAUAUAUGCAUGUCUUUUAGGAUGUAAGGAAAAAGAAUAGUUUUAUUUGGAAGCAGAUUUUUAGUUUGUUCCAAUUUAAAAGAUUUUUAAUCCCAAACAAGAUUUUCAAGUUAUUUUCAUGAGUGUGUUUGUGAAUGACUUGGUGUGUAUUUGUGGGCACAUUUUGUUUACAUGAACAUUUUCUCCCAACUGAACUGAAAUGAUAAAUGAAAAGCCAUUUUGAGAGGGUAGAACAUGAGUGAUUCCCCCCUCCCUUAUUUACUUUAACAGAUCAUACCAGUAGAUUUGCAUGUUUUAUCUGAUUAACUACAAAUUGCAUGUAUUUGAAAUCACAGCUGACCAUUUUGCAAUUUUUUUUAUUUUUUUUUUUAGAUUUUUUACGUAUUUUUCUAUUGGUUUCAUUCAUUUCUUUACAAUUGGAUAAUAUUAACAGACUUUUGUUUAUACAACACAAUGUAUACAAUAAAUGUGUCAAUGCAGUUACAUUGCAGAUUGACUUGAAAAGUCAUCACUGCUGUGAUCUUUACACUGCAAAGAUCAUGUAACUCUGACUUCAUUUAACUUUGAUAGAUAACUCAAGCACAUUUCAAGAGCCUGACGUUUGUUUUUCAUGCCAUACAGAAAUUAAUAGAAACCAAUCUGUGUGGAACUGUAGGAAGAAAUGCAUCUGGAAAAUACAAAACCACCUAGCAUGUAUUUGUAAAUGCUCAGCUAAAGUGUGAAAAUACAUGAUUUUUAGUUAACCAGCAAAAACUUGUAAAACACUGGUAUGGUCCUUAAACAUAUCUCACCCGAAUUAUGUAACGUGUCUGCUAUAUAUUCAAGUUUUAUCAUUUACAUAAGUGAUUCUCCGCCUUUUUUGGCUCAUAAUUCUGUAAAAAUAAAACUUGUGAUUUUCUGUCAAGUCUGCAGAAUUACCAGUUUAAACAAAGAAUGAUUUUACUGUGAGAAGUUAAUGUGAUGAUAGUUUUAAAAAAAUUUGAUGUCAUAACAAUAUUGAUAGAAGAAGAAAAUUGAUUUGCCCUCAAAUGGUUCCAACCACAGGGCCCCUGGUGGUCAAGAGGUUAAGAUGCUGUCCAUGAAUAGCAACGUCCUCAGUUGCAUCGAACCGGGGCAAGUAGGUCUAUCUGCGGACUCACAGUACUCUACAUGACGCACCCACUUUACUACAUGACACACCCACUUGGUUAGGUUUAGGCAUGAGGAGGGGGGUGGUUAGUGUUGGGCUGGAGAUAUACUUGCUUUUAACUCAAGCCCCUAGGAACAGCACUGGGCUUUGACGCCAGUUUGACAUAGUGGCCAAACUUUCAUGUGAAAGAGACGUGUAAAUAAGUGGAUACGUUUUUUUUUUUGAGUGUCACAACCCCCUGAAAUGACUCAUUUUAACAUCCAUUCCAUCCGAUCACAUUUCGAAAGUCGAGAAGAGUCACAUGAUGGAAUCGUUUUAUCCCCAUUCAAGUUAGCCAAAGGGCUAAACCAGAAGUUAGUGGUCUCGGCUGGCAGGGGUCAGUAGGCAUGUCAGCAGCAACAACAAUGGUGGAAAGUUUUGAAAACAAGUUAAUAGACCAAGUCCACAAUUAGCUGCAUAUGUUCGAUGUGUCGUCGCCGCUACAGAUUAUAUAUAAAUAUGCUUGUUAGAAUAGUUGGCGUGAGAGCAGUACCAUUUUAGAAGUUGACGUGGAAACCUGCAAAAAUAAAUGGAAACGAGUCCAAGACUGUUCCGACAAAAUGGUAACCUCCUCUAGUUUCGCCAUGUUUAUUGUUUUAAAUCAUGCAAAUCCAGAAGUUCUGUUUAUAUCCUUAAUUCUUUGUUGUGCCCUCUAGUGGAAUCCUCCAGUACAAGUACAUAGGCAAGUAUAUGUGAACAAUUCUGUUCACGACUCAGCCGGUUGUCUACAUGUGGUUAAAAAGCAAGUAUAUCUCCAGCCUUAGGGUAAGAACAUCCGAGAAAGGGGGGUUGAUGGGAUUGUGUAGUGAAGUGAGUGUGUUGUCUUAAGUCUGCAAAGACUUACAAUGAGACCCUUCUCAGCUGGUGAGCUUUGCUGCAUGUCAUUGCUCAUCUCUCUCUCCCUUCUUUUCCUAUAGUAAAGCCAUAAAAAGCUCCAAAAAAUAAUUAUACUAAAAAAAAAAGAUCCCAGCAACUCAGUUUGAGAACCAGUGGUUUAAAUAAAAUGGCUGUAAAAUUUGGUUUUGCCCCUCCCUGAUGUGGAAGGUGUGAGAUUAGGAAUGUAAAAACAGUUGCUCUAAGCCAAGGCCUUUCACCCUCAUGGGAGUAAAGAAUCUUUUCUGGGAUGACUGUACACACACAGCCAAUCAGUGGUGACAACUCAUGUUUACCCAGGGGUAAGAACACCUUGUGUUUCUGUUUUUAGCAGUAACUUGUAUGCACUUUCUGCAGUGGCCUCAGCACAGGCGUCUCCAAGUGCACAGCGGUUUACUGGAGUCAGUUUGCAAAGUUCGGUCACCUACAGUAAUCUUUUUCACUUCUUGCAUCUUUUGUGUUCCUGGUCCUUUUUCUCCGUCCUGUGUUUGGGUCUUGGUUCAGACAGACGUUAAUGUUCAGGGCUCAGCUGUCUACAGUACGCGUUGCCAAUGACAGUCUCUCCGAAAAUGGCCUUAACUUUCACCACAGGACUGUAAACCGUCCAUUUCUGGCACCAAACAGAAAUCUCAUAUCUGUUGCUCUCACUCUGCUGGUGUCAGAAACGACUUGCUUCUUCUGGAUGUUGAGUGUUUAUAUUUAUAGUCAUAAAAUCUAGUAAAUGCCAAUAUUUUACAGAAUGUUAUGAGAUAAGGUUGUAUGCUCUUAGUAUUAUUUUAUACCCCAUUCUUCCUCGAUGAUGUGUGGAAAAGACCUGAGCUACUGUCACUCUGUUUUGUGGUCACAUGGAAUUAAGUCACAAACAAGGAAAACGACACUGAAUAAACAUGAUUUGGAAGAACUGA